CCCCAGCGCCUCCCCCCAAUGCCCCCCCGCCCCCCCAAACAAGGCGAUGCGGAUCCACCUUAAAUCGGGGGGGGAGGGGCGAUUAUUAAUUUUUAACGCCCCGGCAUCGCCUGGACCAAUCAGCUGCGAGCGGGGGCGGGGACGAGUCCAAGUUUUGCAACUUUGCCGAGGGGAGCAGAGGGAGCCCGAGCCUUGGCCCCCCCCCCGCCCCGCGCUGCUCCUCCCGGGGGGCUCGAUCCCGACACUCCAGGGCCCCCACCUCGGUCCAGCCAUGUCUCCCCGCGGGUGUCUGAGCGUCACCAAAUAUUUCCUCUUCCUCUUCAACCUCCUCUUCUUCGUCCUGGGCGGCAUCAUCCUCAGCUUCGGCCUCUGGAUCCUAAUCGACCAGCAAAGCUUCGCCGCCGUCCUGGGUUCCUCCCUGUACGCCCUGAAGGUCUGGUCCUACAUCCUGUCCGGAGUUGGCAUCGUCACCAUGCUGAUGGGUUUCCUCGGAUGCCUGGGUUCCCUCAAGGAGAUCAAGUGUAUGCUGGGAUUUUAUUUCGGUUUCCUCUUUCUCCUCUUCGCUGCCCAGAUCACCAUUGGGGUCCUGCUGUACACGCAGCGUGUCACGCUGAAUGGCAAGGUGGGGGUGUUCGUGGAGGACGCCAUCCGGACCUAUCCGCAGGCAGGACCCCCCAGCGAGAAGUACCAGAGCUGGGACUUCAUCCAGGGGCAGCUCCAGUGCUGCGGCUGGAACUCGUACCUGGACUGGCAGCAGAACCCCGUCGUGGACAAUUCCUCCCGCAAACUGUACCCCUGCUCCUGCCACAACAGCUCCAGCCCUGGUGAGCGCGGCACCAACAUCACCGAGGCCCCGGCCGUGCAGGGGGCCACCGGGUUCUGCGGCGCUUCUGGGGAGUGGCCGGUCUACAGGCAGGGCUGUGCGAACAGCGUCCAGGGCUGGCUGGCCAAUAACAUCAUCAGCAUCGUGGGCGUCUGCCUGGGCAUCGCCCUGAUGGAGAUCCACGCCAUGUCCAUGGUGUGCUCCCUGCUCCGAGAGGAAUCGUUCGGCACCCCCCAGGGGCCAGAGCAGGAGACGCAGCGGCUCCCGGGUAGCCCCCAGCCCAGGGGCCUGGCCCAUCACUGGGGGGGUCGGCAGCGCAUCGCCUGAGAGCCCCAUGGGGGGCCCCCUAGACAGGAGACCCCCCCCCAGCAUCUCCUAAUAAUAAAGUAUCUGUGGAAAGAAUGAGGGAGUUAGGAGCAGUGGUUAUUCCGGGGGGGGGGGGCUCUCCCCUGGGGCAGGGCUGGCCCCAAAGCCCCAGGGUGGCACUAGGGGGCGCUGUGCUGCAGAGAGCGGGGUGGGGUGGGCGGGGACAGACGGAUUUCAGGUAAUCAACACACCUGUGGGAUUGAGGGGAUUGACUCCUGAAUGACUUGGGCACUGACUCCGCCCCCGAUCAUCUACCCCCAUCGCCCCCAACCUGCUAUCAGGCCCCCACCCCCAUCACAGCAUUGCUUUCAGGGGUGUGUGGCUACAUUGUGGGGGGGGGCUGACCCCACUCACACGGAGCCACUGGGGUGGAGGGGUGGGCUGUGCUUGGGAUGGUUUGGUGGGAGAAGUGGGAUCUCUCAUCUCCUCCCACAGUUCUAUGGGGGUGGUUGGUGGGGGAAAUGGGAUCCCUCCAUUAACUGUCCUGCCCCCCCAGCUCUGUGGGGGAUAGUUGGUGGGACUCUCCCUCCCCCUCACACCAGCUUGUCAGAGGGUGGUUGGUGUGAACAGUGGGAUCCCUCCAGUAACUCUCUUCCCCCACCCCAGCUUGUCAGGGGUGCUUGAUGGGAGUGGUGGGAUGGUUGGUGUCAGGAGUGGGAUCUCUCCAGUAACUGUCUCUCUCUCUCCCCCCAGCUCUGUCUCAUGAUGUUAUCGAUGUUUCUGUUUAGAAACAUGGGCCAGAACUACGACAAGCUGACCCGAUACUCCUAGGAAGCCCCUCCCGCCCCAGGGGGUGGAGGGGGAGCAGAUGGGCAGGAGUCACCGCCCCCCAACGGGGACCGUCCAGCAUGGGCUGAAGCAGCUUUCUGUCUGUCUGUCCCUGAGUGUUCGUGGCAGGGGGCAGGGCCCCUGGUCCAUUUCCCCCCACCCCGUCCCUGGCCUGAGCUGUGCUCACCCCUUGGGGCAGUGGCAUAGGGACGGGGCAGCUAUUUCGUUCUGUCUCUGGGUAUCUAUUAGUGGGGUAGGGAGGGGAAGUGCAGGUGGGGGUGGGGGAGAGAUCCUGGUACCUUGGGGGGGGGUCAGGGAGGGGCAGGAGGUUGGGAUGUGUGAAUGUCUGUGUGCCAUUGAAUGUGUUCUCUGCGGGGGGGGGGCGGUUCUUCCCCCCCCCCCCCAGGAAU